AUGGCUCUCUUUGCUUCUACCUCUUCUUCCAGUGUCACUGAAAAGCAACAUGAUGUUUUCUUGAGUUUCAGAGGCAUAGAUACUCGCAACAGUUUCACAGGCCAUCUUUACAGUGCUUUGCAGAACAAGGGAAUUAAGACUUUCAUCGACAGGGAGGAGCUCGGUAGGGGGGAAAACAUUUCUUCAUCACUUAUCAAGGCAAUUACAGAAUCAAAAAUCUGCAUCAUCGUCUUCUCCAAAAACUACGCAUCUUCAACAUGGUGUUUGGAUGAACUACUUAAGAUCCUUGAGUGCCGAGAAUCACUGGGACAAUUGGUUUGGCCAGUGUUUUUCAAUGUUAAGCCCUCGGAAGUAAGAAAUUGUGCGGGCAGUUAUGAAGAAGCAAUGGCUAGAUAUGAACAAACUUUGAGUCAUGACAAGGAAAAGCUGUGCAAGUGGAAGGUUGCUCUGAAUAAAGCUUCCAAUCUAUCUGGAUGGCAUUUAGCCCAUGGGGAUGAAUCUCAACUAAUCAAAACAAUUGUUAAAUCCGCGUUGAGAAAAUUAAAUCGUACACCUCUACAUGUUGCCAAAUACCCAGUAGGGAUGGAAGAUCGUUUACAUGAAUUGAGUCCAAUAAUAGAUGUUGGAAAGAACAAUGUGAGAAUCAUAGGGAUCUACGGAAUUGGUGGUAUAGGAAAGACCACCAUUGCUAAAGCUAUUUACAACAAAUUCGCAGAUGAAUUUGAAUGUUCCAGCUUCCUUGCAGAUGUUAAAGAAAUAUCAAAGCAGCAUCUGGGUCUUGCUCAUUUACAAGAAAUGCUUCUGUUUGACAUAUUGGGAAACAAAAAUUUGAAGAUUGGAAAUAUUCACAGAGGAGUCAACAUCAUAAAGGAAAGACUUUGCCACAAAAGAGUUCUUCUAGUUCUUGAUGAUGUUGAUGAACUAGAUCAAUUGGAGAAAUUAGCAGGAGGGCUCGAGUGGUUUGGCUCGGGAAGUAGAAUCAUAAUAACUACUAGAAACAAGCAAAUUCUAACCUCUCAUGGAGCUGAUGAAAUAUAUGAGGUCCAAAGGUUGGACAAUCAAACAGCUAUUGAACUUUUAAGUUGGAAUGCUUUUAAGAAAAAACAACCCGUAGAAGAUUACCUUUUGCUCUCAAAUUGUCUCGUAGAUCUCGCAGGUGGAAUUCCAUUAGAUAUAGAGAUAUUGGGUACCUUCCUAAGCGUUGGAAUUCAAUCCCAUCUACAGAAGUUGCAUCCAUUAAUAAAUGUUCCAAAGAAGGACAAAGUUCGAUUCAUAGGGAUAUGUGGAAGUGGUGGAAUAGGAAAGACCACUAUUGCUAAAGCCUGUUUCAACAAAUUUACUGAUGAAUUUGAAGGUUCUAGCUUCCUUGCCAAUGUCAAAGAAACAGCAAAGAACCACUCUAGUUUAGUUAAACAACAAGAAAUACCUUUGUUUGACAUGUUAGUGGACAAAAAUUUAAAGGUUGGCAAUACUUAUAGAGGUAUCAAUAUUAUAAGGGAAAGGCUGUGUCAUAAAAGAGUAUUUCUCAUUCUUGACGAUGUUGGUAAACUCAAUCAGUUAAAGACAUUAGCAGGAGGGCAUGAGUGGUUUACCAACAUUCUUGACGAUGUUGGUAAACUCAAUCAGUUGAAGACAUUAGCAGGAGGGCAUGAAUGGCUUGGUUUAGGAAGUUAUGCUAAUGGCCUUCCCUUGGCUCUAGAAGUAUUGGGUUCCUUUCUGUGUGGAAGGGGAAAAAAUCAAUGGCAAAACCUUGUACAUAAUUUGGAAAACAAACCCCACGAGGACAUAUAUGACAUACUUAAAAUAAGCUAUGAUGCUUUAAAUGAUGAACAGAAGGCUAUUUUCCUUGAUAUUGCAUGUUUCUUUGUUGGAGAGGACAAAGAUUAUGCUACCUUAUUAAUUGGAAGUUGUAAUUUGUGUCCAAUCACUGGGAUUGAAGUCCUCAUCGAUAUGUCUCUCCUCACGAUAGAGAGCAACAAGCUGAGAAUGCAUCACUUAAUAGAAGAAAUGGGUCAGGAAAUUGUCCACCAAGAAUCCCCUGAAGUUGGUAAACGCAAUAGAUUAUGGUCUGCAUAUGAUAUUUUUCAUGUCCUCUCAGAAAACACAGUUCCAGCUUCCUUUGCAGAUGUUAGAGAAACAUCCAAGCAACAUUUCGGUUUUGUUCAAUUGCAAGAAGUGCUUUUUUUUGACAUGCUUGGGGAUAGAAAUUUGAAGGUUGGGAAUAUUCAUAGAGGUAUCAACAUCAUAAAGGAAAGGCUUUGCAACAAACGAGUACUUCUCAUUCUUAACGAUGUUGAUGAACUAGAUCAAUUGGAGACAUUAGCAGAGGACAUGACUAGUUUGGCUCCGGAAAUAGAAUCAUUGAAAGAAGACCAAUGGCACAGUGCAAUACAUAAUUUGGAAAAGAAGCCGGACAAGAAAUUAUAUGAAAUACUUAAAAUAAGUUAUGAUGCUUUACAGGAUGAUGAGAAGACUCUUUUCCUUGAUAUUGCAUGUUUCUUUGUUGGUGAGGACAAAGAUUAUGCCACCCAAGUGCUUGGGAGUAGUAAUUUCCGCCCAAUCAUUGGAAUCGGAAUUCUUUCGGAUAUGUCUCUCAUAAAUGUAGAGCACAAUAAGCUAAGAAUCCAUAACUUGAUGCAAGAAAUGGGUAAAGAAAUUAAUUUUGAAAGAUUGAAAAUUUUGAACUUAAGUCACUCGAAAUUAUUAAGAAAAAUCCCUGACCUAUCAACGGCACCCAAUCUCGAGAGCUUAUAUGUCAAUAAUUGUACAAGUUUAGCUGAGAUUCAUGUGUUUGUUGGAUUUCUUACUAAGUUGGUUACAAUAGAUGCUCGAUGUUGCAGCAAUCUCAAGACUGUUCCAAGUAAUCUGGGGCCCAAAUAUUUUAGAACAUUAAAUUUUGAAGGCUGCUUGCAAUUCCAAAUGUUUCCCAACAUUGUUGAGAAAACUGAAUUUAUAACAAGCCUAGAUUUAUCAGGCACAACAAUAAAACAGUUGCCUUGCUCAAUUGAUCAUAUAGUUGCUCUUAGGGAGUUAUGCUUAUCUGCUUGUAAAAAGCUUGUGCACAUUCCAUCUACCAUUUAUAAGCUAGCGUUUCUUGACGUCCUUGUUCUUAAUGGUUUCUCAAAUUUCUCUAUGGUCCCAAACUAUGUCCAAGAAAUACACGGUGCAUUUGAGCUCAGAAGGGAUUCUUUAGGGAUUCAGAAGUUGAAGCUACACUUCCAGGAUAUGAUAUUCCAUACUGGUUUAGCCAUAAGUCUGCAACGGGAAAACGUAACCUUUAAUGUGCCUUCAAAUAUGUCAACGAAAAUAGCCGCAGUGAUCAUUUGUGUUGUCUCUGAAUCUAUCUGCAAACAAAGAAUGGAAUUGUCGUUUCAACUACUUGAUAAAAGUGAUUCUUGUGGGGGGUGUCUAAGAAGAGGGAACAUUUUUGUAGAACCAGGGAAUAUGUUGCUUACUUAUCUCCCUGCUAGCACCCUUCUUUCCGAGUGCUUGCCAUAUUCUCCAUUCAAGGAUACCAAUUAG